AUGGCCCGACACUGUGGCUACGUCAAAGGCUCUUCGAACAACCCACAAACGUCUUCUGAAGUACAACCGAUGCACUCAACAUCUCGUCGGACUUCGCAGUUCAGAUAUGAGAUCAAUGACUCGCGAUUCAGGCUGAACUGUUCGUUGCAUAGUACGGAUGGACCAGCUGAAAUCUCAGCUGGUAAGGUCCAAUGGAUCUGGACCUCGCGAACGUCGCCGCCGCGGCUCAAAACCAACAUCAUGGAUGACGCUAACGAGAGAGAGAAGCGAAUGUAA